AUGGAAAUUUUAUCUUCUUUAUCACCAUCAUUACUAUCAUUUAAAUCUGAGAAUAGUAAAACUAUGACUAUUCAGUCAACGUUUGAUCUAGGGUUAGAAUCUGUUGCUAUUACGAAUGAUAGAAUAUCAUUGACAUAUUCAGAUGGUUCAACCUCUAAUCUCAGAAAGCAUCUUAAAUAUUGCAAUCAUAUAAAUAAGGUGCCAGAGUUGAAUAUUAAAAAAAAAUCUACAGAUAUGUUGAAAAAUGAACAAACACAAUCAACCAUUUUUUUGGUUGAAGAUAAUGGAUUCAAAUCAAUAAUUUUGUAUUUAGAACCUGAAGCAAAAGAAGUUCCAGAAGGUGUCUCAUUAACAACUGAUAUAUGGACAACAAGCACAUAUGAAAAAUCAUUUAUG